AUGGCUAAGGACGUUUUUUCUGUGCCGAUAUUCCUCGUCGUCUUUCGAGAGACGUUGGAAACGGUCAUCAUUGUCUCCGUCUUGCUAGCAUUCUUGAAGCAAACCCUUGAUGGACCAGAGCGGGAUGCAAAGACUUACAAAACCUUACGGCGCCAGGUAUGGCUGGGUGUUGCUGCCGGUUUCUUCCUCUGCAUGGUUGUCGCCGCAGCACUGAUUGGCGUGUUCUACACCGUUGGAUCCAAUUCUUGGGACAACAAUGAGAACUACUACGAAGGCGCGUUUUGUCUCUUCGCCGCCGUCAUCAUCACCGUCAUGGGUGGCGCUCUUCUCAGAAUCGGCAAGAUGCAAGAAAAGUGGCGUGUCAAGCUCGCCAAGGCCAUAGAGUCGCCCAUCAAGGCUGGCUCCAAGGGUUGGAUUGCCCACUGGCUCGAGAAGUACUCCAUGUUCGUGUUGCCGUUCAUCACAGUUCUUCGUGAGGGCAUUGAGGCCGUUGUGUUUGUGGCCGGUGUGACCUUUUCAGCACCCGCAUAUGCCGUGCCCCUGCCUGUCGUUGUAGGACUUCUUGUUGGCGGCAUCAUUGGCUGGAUUCUCUACAAGGGUGGCUCUUCUGCCAAGUUGCAAAUAUUCCUCGUCGCUUCAACGUGCCUCUUGUAUCUCGUUGCGGCAGGCCUCUUCUCCCGUGGUGUUUGGCACCUCGAGGCGCAAAAGUGGAAUAAUGCCAUUGGUGGCGAUGCAUCAGAAACUGGCAACGGCCCAGGAUCUUACGACAUCGACAAGAGUGUCUGGCAUGUGAAUUGCUGCUCACCAACUUCCACCAGCGACGGCGGCUGGGGAGUCUUCAACGCCAUUCUCGGCUGGCAAAACUCUGCGACCUACGGGUCCGUCAUCUCAUACAACGUCUACUGGAUCUUUGUCAUGGCCGGAUUCAUCCUCAUGCGAUUCAAGGAGACCAAGGGUCACUGGCCGUUCAUGAAGCCCAAACAUUCAGUUGCUCAGGAGGACAGCCGCAGUGGCAGUUCCAGCCAGCAGGGUGGUGCCGCUGAGAAAACUACCAAUGUGACAGAGAAGACUACCACGGCGUAA